UCGAGGGAUAGAGAAAGAUGGGGAGGGCUCCCUGUUGUGACAAGGCGACCGUGAAGAGGGGGCCAUGGUCCCCUGAGGAGGAUGCAACGCUCAAGGCUUAUAUCGAGAAGCAUGGAACUGGUGGCAAUUGGAUUGCGCUGCCUCACAAGAUUGGUCUGAAGAGGUGUGGAAAGAGCUGCAGGUUGAGAUGGCUCAAUUAUCUGAGGCCCAACAUCAAGCAUGGUGGCUUUUCGGUAGAAGAAGACCAUAUCAUAUGUAGCCUCUACUCAAGCAUCGGGAGCAGGUGGUCUAUAAUUGCAGCCCAGCUGCCAGGGAGAACAGAUAAUGACAUCAAGAAUCAUUGGAACACAAGGCUGAAGAAGAAACUACUUGGCAAGCCAAGAGAAUCACCACAACCUCGAUGCCUUUCUGUAAACCAGGUCUCGACUGAGGUAGCUAAUGCGAUGAGUCUCCAAACACAUCCACAAACCCUAAGUGCGCCAGCUCUGGCAAGGAUGCAACUCCGGGGCUGCGAGGUUCCCUUCUUCUAUCAUCAUCCGCUGGGCGACAAGCUCUUUGAAGACCAACACACCGAUACUGCUACGUCUACUACUCCGAUCGAUUCAUCUCAUCGAAGACUGAUGCAAGUGAAGCAGGAAAUCCAAAUCUUGAUGAACCAAACUGUACAGGAAAAUAUGGAUUGUUCAGUACCGGGGUGUCCGCCGUCAGAUGCGGGAGGUCUCGCGGAGAGUUCAUUCUCAGACUGCAACUCGCUGGUGGCAGGGCUUUCCGACCUCCAUGAAAUCUUCCAUGGCAAAGAACCAUUCUUAGGAUUGCAGGAAGCGAAUCAAUCGACCGAAUCAGACUGUUUCAAGGAAAUGUAUAGGGAGAAGGAGAGAGACGGUAUGAGCUUGUGGUCAAGCAUGGCUUCAUCUCUCCAUCCCGAUUCCGUGCUUCAAGAGUAUCUACUUGGGUAUGAUCUCUAGUGGUUGCAGUGUCCGGAUUAUGGUUUUUAGGUAAAUUAGAUGUUGGUUUUACAUGAACAGACCGAGACAUGUUGGUGUAAAUUUGUUCCUUUGAGUAGUCAUCGGUUCUCGGUGUUACUAUCUCCUCAUUAUAACGAUAUUUUUUUCUA